CGCAGUAAGGAAAAAGCUCGCUGAAUCUUCAUUAUAAUCAGCAGCAGCAACUCGCACUCACUGCCGAGCGAGAAAUGGCGGAGAAAGCAGCAGUCACAGCAGCCGUUCCGGUAUCACUACCAUCAGCGGUCGUCCCUGCAUCACCAACGACAGGAGUGACACCUGCAGGAACAGUAGCAGCAGCACCAGCAGCAAUAACCACACCGCCAGCUCAACAGAAGCUAUCGGAAUCGGAUGAUUUUACGGAUAAUUCAGCGGAAAAUACAAAAGAGGCAAAUCAGGAGGAUACUUCGCAGCAAAGCGGGCUAGCGACGGUCGAGUCCGAGUAUGAUACAGCCUCCGAUUCACCUUCGGAUGGUGGUGAAGAGGAAGACGAGGAGGAGGAUUACGAAGAGGAGGAAAGUGGUGGCGAAGAAGAAGAAGACGAAGAAGAUGAUGAGGGAACGGAUGAGGAAGACGACGGCACGGAGGAGGAGGAAGACGAUGAGGACGAUGUGAUCGAGGUGCUGGAGCGUCAGAGUGGUGACGGUCAGGAGCAGGAUGCGGACAGCCGCCGAAAGGUGGACGACGAUGAGGAUCGCAGUAAUCCGCAAUAUAUCCCGAAGAAGGGCACGUUUUACGAACAUGACGAUCGUACGGCGGAAGACGACCUGGACGAUUCUGGGCUGGAUGGAGACGGAGAUCAGCGCUCGAAGCGCAAUGACGACGGGCUGGGAGAUGGAUUGGGUGAUCCGCACGGCGGUGGUGGUGGUGGUCCCGGUAGUGGCGGGGGUGGCGGAGGCGGUGGCGGAGGCGCUCCCGGUCUAUAUGGUGGCGAGAGGCGCGGUUCGGAAAAGGGUGGCAGUGGUGCGGGUGCAAAAGGGACAAAGAAAUGGCAAGCGUCAACCGAUCGGUGGACGCAUGACCGUUUCGAUGAGAGUGAGCAAGCGCCCAAAUCACAAGCCGAGCUCGUUUUCGCGUACGGGUACGAUAUACGCAGCGAGGACGGUCCACCGAAGGCGCGCAGGAAGCGUCGUUACGCACGCGGACCGAAUCGGUACACGCGCAACUGGGAGGAUGAGGAUGCGUACCAGAAGUCUUCGAACGCGGAACAUCAUCAGCGCCAUAAGAAGGUGCCGCGGCCCGAAGAAUUUCCCGAGCUGGCGGGUGCGAAUGGCAAGAGUGGACGUGCGACUGGUAGGGGCCGUAAUGGACAAAAGAGUGGAAGUUCUGGGGCGGGCGGUCCGGACCAGCGGAGGCAGUCCGGAGGAACGGAUGGGGGACGCAUCAAAUCGUCUGAUGUACGUCGAUCGGGUGGUCAAGAUCGGUCUAUGGGUCGAUCGGAACGGGUACGCUCGGGUGAUUGGAGUGGUGGCGCCGGUGGAGGUGAUCGCGAACGGGAACAGGAUCGUGGAGCGGAUUGGGAUAGAUCUGAGUACGGUGGUUCACUUCGUUAUCGAAACGAAGAUCGCGGCUCGCGCAACAACUACCACAAUAAGGAGAACAAGCUGAGCGGUGCAAGAAACAGUAAGGAGAAAGACUACAAGGUGAUAAACUCUUUGCAGUUUAAAAAUCAAGCGAGAAACAAAAACAUGGAAGGUGGUACCGGUGGUAAUGGUGGAGCACCUGUGACUGGCCCUCUGCCAGGGUCUGGUGCAGGUUCUGGGCUAUCCGAUGGUACCUCUGGCAGUGCUCCAAUGAUGCAUAGCAAUAGUGCCGGUGCACUUUCCGGCAGCAGUAAUAGCAACAAAAUGAACAACCAUGGCACAGUGCAACAACAUACUAGCGGCAACAGCCCUAACGCUGGAGGUGUGAGUAAUGAGCGGAUUCAUCACUCGGACGCGAACCAGCAGCAGGGUAGAAUGAUGAAUGUAGUGACCACAUCAGCUUCUCUUGGGUCAGUACCUACAACCGGAGCGCAGCAACAUUACGGACACCAUGCUGCGUCAGUGGGACAGAUGCAGCAACAUUCGCAUCAACAGCAGCAGCAGCAGCAACAACCGCAGCAACAGUCAACACAAAAGCUGAAACAAGGCUACCUGGAGGAGGACCAUUCAAAGUAUGGAGUUCCUUUGUAUGCGGGUUCAUCCACCAUGGACCGAAUGCAGCCAAAUGUGGCAGCUGGUGGUGGUCCGCCAAAUAUUGGCAAUCUUCCGAUGAAUCAACGAUCUCAAAUUUCACCUCGGGCAAUAGUUGCUCAAACGCCUCCAUCGGCACCAUCCGAGCAAGUGUCUUCAGAGCGUAUGGCUGUACAAAUGGAGUACCAGUCGAUGCAAGGUGCAGCUGUUGUGCCACAAGGUUAUGGUGGACAGCAACGGUCGCUAGCAGUCCAGCAGCAGCAGCAGCAGCAGCAACAGCAACAGCAACAGCAACAAGUGUCCAAUCAGCUGCAACAUCAACAGCAACAAAUGCUGCAAACGGAGGUUCCUCGCAACACCAAACGUUACUCGACACAGCGACAACGGUCUGCGCUGGAAAGUGCCGCCAACGCUAGCGCAUUGCAAGCUCAGCAACAGCAGCAGCAGCAACAACAACAACAGCAAGCAGCCGCAGCAGCAGCUGCUGCAAUGCACGAACAGCAGCAGAUGUUACAACAUCAGCAACUGUUGCGACAUCAGCAUGAACAGUUGGCGCAGCAGAACAAACAGAAGCAACAGGUCUACACCCAGCAGCAGCUUCCACAGCCGGGUCCAGCGCCCGGUGGUCUGCCGAUGACACUGCAACCGGCCGAUUAUCAUGGGGGUGUUAGCAAACCACAUCAACAACCACCACCACCGGCACAGGGUGCACCGGGAGGACCGGGAAAUCCGGCCCAGGUGCAGUAUCAUCAAACGGCGGCCCUCUAUUACACACCUGCCGGUGCCGCCGGUGGACCAUCGCCGGGUGAUUACGUAACGGCCGCGACAUCCGGUGGUCAGCCCCAGCAGCAACCACCGCAACAACCCACUCAGGCACCGCCCCCACCCCAACCGCAGUACGCACCGCCACCGUAUGCCACGCAAGGACCUCCGCCGCAACCGCCACAGGCGGCCGCCUACAUGCAGGGUCCAGUGUCGGCCCCCAGUGCCUACAUGCCCGCGCCCCAACCUGCCAAUGUUCCACCCGUACCGCAGCAACCGACCGGUAUGCCCGGUGGAGCGCCACCACCUCCCAUGAACUUUGUGCCCGCGCUUGGACCACCUCCAACGGCAGCAGCACCACCGGGCGUCAGCCCUGGACAGUACCCGGGACCGGGCGCGUACGCCACCGGCUUUCAGACGGGUUACGCACCGGCGGUCGGUGUUGUACCGCAAGCCGUACCCGGUGGUCCUCCGCCACCUACCGGUGGUCCUGGUGGUCCACCACCGACCGCUUUGUACCAGCCGUCCGGUGGCAUUACGUACUAUGCACCACAAACGCAAACGCAAGCACCAAGGCCACUGCCUACUGGCCGAAGACCAACGGCCGCUAUACCGAUUCUAGCACCUCCGGAGCGCAAGCCUACCGUCACGGCUAGCAGCACCACCCCAAGCACGGCCGGAAACAAAACGUCCAACACGCGCACUGGUCCAACUGCAGCCGGCGAUACGAAUGAAUCUACCGCGACGGAUGUUAGCACUGGUGGUGCGAGCAGUGCGGACGCUUCAACGACAAGCACCGGCGCGGCAACGGUCGACAGUGGCGAGAACAUUGAUCACAUUCUGGACAACAUGUUUGUGCAGCGCCCACAAUAUCAGCCACCGUCGAGAAAGAGUCCCUCACCGGCACUGGCCCCAUCUGCUACGGCUCAGCAACCGCAACAACAGUCCCAAACGGCCGGUAAUGAUGUGACGAAUGGUGCAAGCGAUGGUGGUACCUCCGGGCUCGAUGGACAAGAAUCGAUGGAUAACAUUGGAGAAUCCGUCAAGAAAAUGUCCAUCCAAGACACGGAUAAGCUGACCAUUGCCGGUAGCUUAGCGGUGGUGGAAAGCAAAGAAGUGACCGGUGGUGUCAUCGAAACGACCACGAGCGCACAGCCAAUUGAAUGACGAUACUAAAAACCAGCGCUACUGUGGAGUGUAGCUGCUUACAAUGCAUAAAUGGUUGCUGCGCCACAGGAGCUAGAAAUCAUCGGUUAAGGGAUAACUCCCACUCAGACGCGUGUGGUUGAUAAAGAGAGAAAGAGUUGAUACACAAGCAUUGUACUUCGUUUUGUUUGAAGUAAUGCUUUCGGUUUUGUGACAACUGGAUAGGAUGUAGUUUAAACAACUACGCAAACUAAAUGAAUUGAUUUGUGAAUCUAUCAGUUGUUGCAACAUCAUAUCACGAGAAUAUCAUGCUUUUCUUUAACUUUUGAUUUUGUCGUUCACCUAGGUGUUGCUAAAAUUAGGUACGAACCUUUAUCGUACACUCGGCAACAGAACAGCUCCGUUAAUUCUCGCUCAUGAAAAGAUUGUCGCUUUCGCGAUCAAAAUUUCUCAUCCGUUUGUUUUUUCAGUUUUUCUUCAGAGGUGGUACAAUGGAACUCAAAAAGUUAAACAAAAUUGAGACAAGUGUGCGUUGCAAGUGUAUGGAGGUGAAUGCACCGGAGCUAUUAAUAUAAGAAAUUGUGUAUAGAAAAAAAGGGGUUAGCCAAACCAAACCAGUCACUAAUAGAGCAGGAUUCUAGCAAACAAACAAAGGUACGUAUUCUUCGACAAACCUAACAUAACUCACUAUCAUCUUCAUUUGUUUAUUUUGAGAUUCCUUUCAUCAAGCAAUACGAUUUCACAGGACGACAAAAGAAAACAGGGCGAAUAUAGGCGAAGAUUAACGGUGAGCCAGAGAGUUUCAAAUUAUUGUAUUUAUAUAACGAACGAAAUCGUAUACGGUUACGAUUUUUGUGCAUGUAGUGUAGAGGAGGGCGAAUUAAAUGCGAAACACAUAUGAAGUCAAUAUCUAGAGAAUGAAGGUAAUAAAAGAGAGCCGAAAUUAAUCGAUCAAUAUGCAAUACGAACAACGAAC